GGCUCGCGGACUCGGACCAUGUAGCGUCUGAUCCCGGACAGUCCGACGGCGUCCAGCAUGGAAGCGCAGACCGCCUCUCCGGUUUGGAUUUACGUCAACGCCAGCGAGCGAGCCAACGCCUCCGAUGAGUACAUCGCCGCCGACGGCUCCUACGUGGUGGGCCUCUUCCUCUCCUGCCUCUACACCGUCCUCCUCUUCCCCAUCGGCUUCAUCGGCAACAUCCUCAUCCUGGCGGUCAACCUCGCCCACCGGGAGAAGAUGACCAUCCCCGACUUGUACUUCGUCAACCUGGCGGCGGCCGACCUCAUCCUGGUGGCCGACUCGCUGAUCGAGGUGUUCAACCUGAACGAGAAGUACUACGACUACGCCGUGCUGUGCACCUUCAUGUCGCUCUUCCUGCAGGUCAACAUGUACAGCAGCGUCUUCUUCCUCACCUGGAUGAGCUUCGACCGCUACGUGGCGCUGGCCGGCUCGGCGGGCGGCAGCGCCCUGCGGACCAUGCGCCACGCCCGGCUCAGCUGCGGCCUCAUCUGGAUGGCGUCCAUCCUGGCCACGCUGCUGCCUUUCACCAUCGUGCAGACGCAGCACCGGGGCGAGCUGCACUUCUGCUUCGCCAACGUGCCGGAGAUCCAGUGGCUGGAGGUGACCAUCGGCUUCCUGGUGCCCUUCUCCGUCAUGGGGCUGUGCUACUCGCUCAUCGGCCGCGUCCUCAUGAGGGCGCAGAAGCACCGCGGGCUGUGGCCGCGCCGGCAGAAGGCGCUGCGCAUGAUCGUGGUGGCCGUGCUGGUCUUCUUCAUCUGCUGGCUGCCGGAGAACGUCUUCAUCAGCAUCCAGCUGCUGCAGGGCACGGCCGCCACCACGCUGUGGCACGACUACCCGCUCACGGGCCACAUGGUCAACCUGGCCGCCUUCUCCAACAGCUGCCUCAACCCCAUCAUCUACAGCUUCCUGGGGGAGACCUUCAGGGACAAGCUCAGGCUCUUCAUCAAGCAGAAGGCCAGCUGGUCGCCCGCUGACCGCCUCUGCCACCUCGGCCUGGACUUGGGCCUCAGGACUGAGGUGUCUCAGGUGUGA